AUGCACACCGUUCUUGCGCUUCUUCUUCUUCCCGCCGUCACAUGGGCACUGAAGCUUGAAUGUUUUGAACGAGUCCGUAAUCACACACUGAUUGGCGCUACGGUCGUCACACUUGAUGACGUUAGUCUGCAACAGUGCCAGCAUGCCUGUCUGGAAGCGCAGAAGCAGGAAUGCAGAUCCUUCAUGUACCAUAACGCCCGGUCUACAUGCUUCUUGAACUCGGAGGACAAGACAACUCGAGAGACGACCUUUUUCUCGGUUCUUGACGCUAUUGACUACUAUCAUAGGACGUGCUACAGUAAGUAA